UGGGCGGCGCACUGACUGGAGGACGGAGGGUGUUUUCCAGCUUUAAAAGCACCGGAGCCGGCCCCUCUGACAAACCGCGCUGCGUCAUCGACCCGGGGAGACUCUUGCAAGAGCUUCAUCGGAGCUGUAAGACAGUCAAACUCACCUCUGCUCACCUCGGCCCCUACCUGCGCCGCUCUCCACACCCGACGGUGCCAGAUCUCUCCACCGCGCCGUGGCUCCAAGUUGAACGCCUCGCUCCGCUCCGACUUCGCGGCGAACGAUGCAUUCAUUUGACGGCGUGUGAAGUGAUUCAGCUCCUCGCGAACAGUGUUCGUCUCUCGUUUGCUGGUCGGCGGUCUCUUAACCGGAGAAAGUUCCACAUCGCUUGUUGAAUGCAGGAUACCUUCUGCCUGUGCGUCGAUUCCAAGUUCAGUUUUGGAGCAACAGCCGGUAAGGUGCGGGGACUCCAGCUUCUCACCUCUCUCGCCGCCGAUAUGAAGUCUGCAGAAGAAGAUGCAUAUAGCUACACACCAAAUGUUAGCUUGUCCCUUCCACUGGGAAUGGGCAACCCUUGUCUGGCCACCCAGUACCACACUUUACAGUCCAGCCCAGUCAUCUCAGUUUCCACCUGCCACCAGACAGGCUACAGCCUCCAAAAUGAUAACCACGCAGCAUCAGGUUAUUACCUGCCCCAGGGCCUGAGACCCAAUGGGGCCCCGGCUUUGGAAAGCCCCCGUAUUGAGAUCACUGCCUACAGCCAGUAUCCAGAGGAUGAGGUAGAAGAGAGCAACAGUGAGGACCACAUCAUCAAGCGAGGCGUCAACUCCAUCGUGACGCUGACGCUGCCCAAUGGUGAUGGCUACCGCGACCCCAGCUGCCUCAGCCCAGCAAGUAGCCUUUCCUCUCGUAGCUGUAACUCAGAGGCGUCCUCUUACGAGUCAGGCUUUUACAACUACGACAACUCCCCACAGAACUCUCCCUGGCAGUCCCCCUGCGUUUCUCCCAAAGGCUCAUCUUCGCUCAUGUCUUGCCCACAUGCCAGCGGUCCUGUAGCUUCCCCUCACCAUUCACCCUCCACCUCCCCUCAGAUAGGAGCCGUGGCCGAGGAGGGCUGGCCGGCACAACCCCGUGGCUCCAGGCCUAACUCCCCCUCGUGCAGUGGAGGCGGCGGAGUCAACAACGGCGGCAUGGGGAAGAGGAAGUACAGCUUCAACGGCACCACCUACCGUCAGACAUCCUGCUCACCCAACCAGUCGCCCACCACUCCAUCCCCACACGGCUCCCCCAGGGUCUGUGUCACAGAUGAGAACUGGCAGGCCAACACCAACCAGUACACCAAUUCUGCCAUCGUGGCCGCCAUCAACGCUCUGACCACAGAUGGAGUAGUAGACUUGGGGGAAGGGAUCCCAAUCAAGACACGGAAGACCAUGCUGGACCACUCCAUGAGCCUGAAGUUGGAUCCCGACGGGGAGCUCUGCCAUGAGGAUUACCCCUCCCGUCUGGCCCUCAAGAAGGAGAGCUACUGUGGAGGGUUCCUGGAUGUGCCCCAGCAUCCGUACUCCUGGUCUAAACCCAAGCCUUACCUCAGUCCAUCUCUGCCAGCUCUUGACUGGCAGCUUCCGUCCUGCUCCGGCCCGUACAACCUACAGGUCGAGGUGCAGCCGAAGUCCCACCACAGGGCCCACUAUGAGACCGAAGGCAGCCGAGGGGCGGUGAAGGCGCUGUGUGGUAGCCACCCUGUCGUACAGCUUUAUGGCUACAUGGAAAGUGAGCCGCUCACCCUGCAGCUGUUCAUCGGGACCGCAGACGACCGCCUCCUGCGACCACAUGCCUUCUACCAGGUUCACCGCAUCACUGGCAAAACCGUCUCCACCGCCAGCCAUGAAGUCAUGCAAUCCAACACCAAAGUUCUGGAGAUCCCUCUGCUGCCUGAAAACAACAUGAGAGCCAUAAUUGAUUGUGCAGGGAUCCUGAAGCUGCGCAAUUCGGACAUCGAGCUUCGCAAAGGAGAGACGGACAUCGGACGUAAGAACACACGCGUGAGACUGGUGUUCCGUGUGCACAUCAACCAGCCCAACGGCAGGACGCUGUCCCUGCAGGCUUCUUCCAACCCCAUCGAAUGCUCCCAGCGCUCAGCUCAGGAGCUUCCACUGGUGGAGAAGCAGACUGUGGAUAGUUACCCUGCCACCGGAGGCAAAAUGAUGCUCCUGAGUGGCCUCAACUUCCUCCCUGACUCCAAGGUGGUGUUCGUGGAGAAGGCCCAGGAUGGGCAUCAUCUGUGGGAGACAGAAGCCAAAGUUGACAAGGACUCCGUCAAAAAUAGUACUCUUGUUGUGGAGAUCCCGCCGUACAGGAACCAGAGAAUAUCCAGCCCGGUGCAGGUUAACUUCUACGUCUGCAACGGCAAAAGGAAGAGGAGCCAGUACCAGCGCUUCACCUACCUGCCUCCUAACGUGCCGAUAAUAAAGACAGAACCCAAUGAUGAAUAUGAUUCUCUGGGGAUUGCGAGACUGCCCAUGCAUUCAAAGCCCUAUUACAGCCGGCCCAGGCUCACUCCCGUCAUGCCUGUAGCCGACCAUGAUGCCUGCCUGGUUGGUGGCUACCCUCCCUGCCCGCCUCGCCAUGCUGCCAUGCCAUCGUCGUCCCCCAGCUCCAGCCCCACCCUGCAUGACCUGUCCCCUGUGGCAUACAGCCCCACCCAUGCGGCACCGCCAGGCCAUGGGGUGCCCCCCAUCCAGGAGACCCCUGUCCACCCUAACCUCGCCCACCCAGCGUCGCCAGACCACAACUCUCCCCUAGGGAUGCUUCAUUCCCAAGGCAGCCCCAUCCACCUCAACAGCCCAGGGCCCCAUGGUUACCAUGCUAUCUAUGCCAACAGCAGUCCCUCAUCCUCCCCGGCAUCCCACCCCUCCACUCCUGGGGGGACUGCGGAAAGCCCGUUCGUUCAGGCCUACAGCCCCGGGCAGGCCCAGGCCGGAGGGAGCUCACCCAGCCUGUUACCCGAAGAUGCCAGCCCCCCUUCGAUGGCCAUCACCGUCAAACGGGAGCCCCAGGAACUGGACCAGAUGUACCUAGAUGAUGUUAACGAGAUCAUCAGGAACGACCUCUCCAGCAUUUCCGUGCACACUCAUGCAUAGACGUCCAGAAGUCUUCUGCAGCAGCACACACACACACACACACACACACACACACACAUGCACUCAAACAGCAGCGGCAUCGACAGAGGACAAAAAGAAAACUAGAGAUCCAGAUGAUGAAGAGUACAUUUUUGACCAGGAUCUCCCACCUGACCAUCAUCCCCAUCAGCUCGAAGGCUCGCUGCAGCUUCACAAUGACAAUCGCUGGCAGGCUCUAUAUGAACAAACAGAUGAAUGUUAUAUUUACAUAAAGGGAAGUGAAAUCAGGGGCAACGUAUACGACGACACUUGCCUUAAUUCACAGCAGAGGUUGUUUAGCGGACCAAACAGCUCAAUGAGACUGAAAUACUUCUAUCGUUGACAAAUGACAAUCUUCAUUUCCAGUGUGAUCUAUAUGUUAAUGCAUGGACAGGCCAAUGGGACGAUAGGUGUCAUGCUUUCAUCACUUUGGUUCAUUUGUUUGUGCAGUCAGUCCACAACAACCGAAUUGGUGCCUUACAGCAGUGAUAUUGACAGCAGACGACGGCGGCAGUGACACACAAAUGCAAAUGGUUCAUUGUAACCCAAAGUUGGAAGUUUUUAUAUGACUUUUUUGUAUCAUUUCAAUGAUUUGUUUACAGGGAAACAGAAUAAUAACGGAAAAUAUGUAGGGAAUCUGUGAAUAUAUUAGAAAUGUAUUUUUUUUUUCUCGCUUCCUCAUUAUCUCAUUGUUCAUUUAUACUGAAUGUUAUUGUAUGAUAUGCUUUUGUAUAAACAUGUAUUUGAAAAUGUACUCAUGUAUGCCUUAUGCUUAUAUCAUGCAGUUUGCUAUUUAGUUUUCAACUUCUCUCUCUGAUAUGACUUGUACCAUUUCUACUACCCUGCAUUAUGCUUUUCACCUUAGUGCCUUUUUUUUGUUUUUUUUAAUCCACCUGCCCCGGUCUUCCAGCCCUCCCACCCACACCAUGACAAAAUGAUGCACAGACAAUCAGAGACAAAUAUAGCACAUAUCCUAUGACAGCAGUCCCUGGUUGCACAGGCUUAUUGAGAGAUUUCUUCUCCCCCAGCUAUAAGAAAGUUGAACAACGGUAUGCUUACCUGCUGAAUUUAGAUGAGAAUACUCCGGGAACAAUAUCGAUAUUUGUCUGUUACUUCUUCUGCACUGCAAGUUUGCAUGUAAAUAGGCACAGGGAUGACCUGCGCGUGCGGCAGGCUCAGUUUUACUCGUCAUUCGGCCGAUUCCACUGAGGAGUUGGCAGGACUGUUACUUACAGCUGGCAAUAAUUGAUGUGCUUUUAACCAAAGGAUUUUAUCUUUGGUGAAAUUAUUGACCGAAGUUUCCUUUUUCUGUCAGAGACUUUAGCGUAGAGCGGUUCCCCGUACAAAAAAAAAAACAAAAACAUUAUGCACUUUACCGUAGAAACAGAGCAGGUUUCCUUGCUUCCAGACCAAAUAUUGUAGAUUGAUAUUCCACUGUCGUGUCAUAAACGUGUCUUCGUCAACUCUUCUUUCACACAGCUGCAGUCGUUUCCAUGUUAUCUGUCUUUUUGGAGCAUGCACAGAGUACUAACAUUGGGGAUCAUUUAGCUGACAGUAGCUCACAAUAUAGCUUCCUAAUACAUUUCCGGACAUAUCGUAUAAUAGCAUGACUAAACUGUAUGAAUAAGGUUUCUAUUUUGUGCCUUACUCUCUUUCUUGGCUACAAGAUAGUUGCGACUCUAUAAUGCUUUUCUCUGUUGGCACAAGGUGAAACAUAUUUCUCUUUAAUAUGAAAUAUUUAUGAAAAAUUAAAUGUGUUUUAAGUGCAUUCAAUGUGUUCUCAACAAUGACUUAAUAAAUGGCAUAAUGGUGACCAUACAUAACCUAAGUUCUCGAUCACUUUGAUGUUGUAUUUACAUGAGCAAGUGCAUCAAUGA